CUAUUGAAUUCUAUCUAACGUGGAGGUCAAAUUAACGAGGUCAAACAGUAUUAAUUGAGAUUGUAUAGAAAUUUGAAAUUUUCGGACAGCGUCACGCCGUUGGAAUCACAUUUUAACGUACGAGCAUCCAGAAAAUAAAACUGAGUGAGAGACGGAAAGAGCUCGUCCAGUUUGGAGAAAGAAAAAGGAAAAAUUGAAAAUGGAUCUUUGCUCGUGAAUUAGCGUGGCUCGCAUCUUCGCAAAAGCGAAUUGCAAUAAUUUCUCGGACCGGAAAUGAUCGGGUGAUUCCGUUUCCAUCCGAGUAAUUGAAUAAUCGAAUAAACCAAUAGAUGAAUGGAUGAAUGAAUUUGUGAACGAGUGAACGAGCGAAUGAGUUAAGUAAGUAGAAAGGUAAUCGGCGCUCUUCAAGAGAAUUACGGCGAUUUGUAAAUAGUCGAUCAUUAUGAGUCCCGCCAGUCGGAUUGUACGUAAUUCACUCCCUUGAGCCCCUCCUAUGCACGCAUUCGUCCUCAUUCUAUUUACAAUAUUUAUCAAUAUCACUAUCGCCACCACCUAUUACUUCAUAUAAUUCACGAUUGCAAGUGUCGAUUCUCUUGCUGUAUAGUAUUACCUAGGUCGUACUCGCCUAUAAUUAUUUCAAUUUAUUUUUUUUCCAUUUUAUUCAAUUCUAUUAUCUAUCUAUUAUAACAAUAAGAAUGAAUUAACUAUUAUCCCCAAUCAAUAAUAUUCUUACUAUCGUCACUUUAAUUAUUAUCUAUUAUUAACCUGACAGCGAUCAUCGUCAUCAAGAAUAAUGAUAUUACACUAGCAAUAUAAUAAUUAUUUUAUCGACACGUAAGUUAUCAUGAAAUAUUAUAUAUUAUAUUAUAUUACAAUAAUAUUAUUAUAUUGUCGUAAUUUUUAUUUGUACGUAGCACAAAACAAAUUAUAAAUUAUGUAUAUAUUAUUGAUAAAAUGAAUUAUACUAUUAAAGGAGAUUCAAUUGAUUAGCGAUUUAUUGGCUAUCCCAUGUCCAAGGUUCGGUCGUAUUGACGCGAAAGAGAGCAGUGACCGGCCAUUGUGACUCUCUGGAUAAUUUCUAGAUUGUUUGAUCGACUCUUUCGCAUGAUUUCGCACGAAGACGCCUGUUGUCGCGCGCGGCAACUGGUUCGCUCUCGGCCGCUGUCGCCGAUUGCGCAUUGGCGCUCGCUACGAUGAAACGUCAGCCGAGUCAAGGAAGAACGGCAGUUGAGCGAAUAGAAGGUUCAAAAAGUCUAAAUGGCCAAGAAGCUCGAGGAGGAGGAAGAGGAGAUCCUGAACAGGCGCAUGGGCGUGAUGGUAUCGCAGCUACGGGAACUCGAUAAGGAAUUCUUUGAGGUGGUCACGAUUGGAAACGUGGCGGACGUGCGGACCUUCCUCGCAAGCCACGGGGAUGUCGAUCUGAACGUCAUGAACUUUGAAGGGAUUUCCGCACUGCACAUUGCCGUGAAGGAGCGCAAUAUAAACAUGGUGGAGUUCCUGCUGUCUCAGCCGGACGUGGACGUCCACGAUACCGCGUUGUACGCCAUACGUGAGAACGAGCCACGGAUCGCCUUCAUGAUUCUGAAGAAACUCGAGGAACAGAGUCCGGGGAUGGAGAAGGUCGGCGCUACCCACAGUUCGGAGUUCGCCGAUGACGCGACCCCACUCUCGGUCGCUGCGCAGUACGGACAUUACGAGAUGAUAACUCUUCUCCUGGACCGAGGUCACAAGAUCGUGAAGCCUCAUCCGCCGAGUUGCUUCUGCGCGGAGGUCUGCAAGCCUCAACGAGAAUCGGAGGAUCCUCUGACCCUGGACAGGAUGCGUCUCGAGCUCUACAGGGCCAUCGCGAAUCCAGCUUACAUCUGCCAGGACAGCUACGACCCGAUCCUCGUGGCCUUCGAACUCUCAAGGGAGCUGCGUCUGGCCGGAUUGUACGAGCACGAGUUCUACGACGCGUACAAGACGCUCUCCGAGGAUGUCGCCCAAUUCGCAACCGAUCUGAUUGGCUGCGCCCGAACCGCCGAUGAGGUCGAGGUCGUUCUGAAGCAAAUGGCCGGACUUGGCUUCACCACGCCUUUCAUCUACCCGCGACUGCUGCUGGCGAUGGAUUGCAGGCAAAAGUCAUUCGUUGCGCAUCCGAACGUUCAGCAGGUAAUAGAAUCGAAGUGGAUGGGCGACUGGUACGAGUGGAAGAUCAAGUCGGCACUCUGGAAGGCUCUGAUGAUUCCACCGCGGAUGCUCAUCCUCCCGAUAAUCACGAUGAUGCUCUUAGUGGCGCCAAAUUCAGCGCGAUCGAAGCGCUGGAAGAUCCCAGCCAAUCGAUUUCUCUCCUCCGUCGCGAGUUACAUUGUCUUCUUGGGUUUUGUGUUUUUCGAGUCGAAUCUAAGUAAGACGAACCAGCUACGAGGACCUCCGAACAGUGGAAUCGAGCCCGUCAUCGUUCUCUAUGUGAUAUCAUUCAUAUGGGGCGCCAUCUGCCUUUGCCUGAUCCAGGGACCCCAUCGAUUCUUCCGCACACCCUGGAAUUGGUACGAGGUGAUAAUGCUCAGCCUCUUUCUCUUGACUUUCUUAUUCUGGGCCGCCGCCGCCAUCGACGUCGCCAAGAAUGGACAGCGCGACCUCGAGAGGAAGUACUGGCACAAAUACGACCCGACCCUCGUCUCCGAAGGCCUCUUUUGCAUCGCCACCAUAAUGGCCUUUUUUAAGCUCAUGUUUAUCUGCCAGCUGAAUUAUCAUCUGGGACCCCUUCAGAUGUCCCUAGGAAAGAUGAUAAACGACGUCGCCAAGUUCAUCGUCAUCUUCAGCAUCGUCAUGAUAUCCUUUGCCGCGGGACUCACCCGGCUCUAUCAGUACUACGAUGAGAUGGUGCAGAUCGACGAGUCGAAGAUCAAGACUCAGCAAGUCAGCUCGUUCGUUGAUUUCACGUCGACGCUCAAGACCCUAUUUUGGGCGAUCUUCUGCAUGAGCGCGAUCGAGAGCGCCGACGUGAUAAUCGAAAACUUACCGGGAGAAAAUGAUUCUGAAACGAUAAUCAACAAACACACCUACACCGAGGCGAUUGGCUACGUCGCCUUUGCCGGCUUCGAAUUUAUAUCCGUAGUGGUAGUCCUGAACAUGCUGAUCGCCUGCAUGUCGAACACCUUCACCAAGAUCACGGACAAUGUGGACGUCGAGUGGACCUUUGGCCGUACCGAGGUUUACGUGGAUUUUAUGGCUCAAGCAAAUCUUCCGCCACCAUUUAAUCUCCUGUCGACAGCCAGAGGAAUCCUGUGGAUCAUCGAGUAUUUCAAAAUACUCAUCAACAAACCACCGGAUAAACGAGCCAGAUGGAAUAUCAAGCACUGCUGCUACAUAGAAAACGUUGACGAGAAUGACAAGGAAAACUUCUCAGUGGUAAUGACGCAACUCGUCCAGCGAUACUUCCGCAAGAAGCAAGCGAAAGCUGAACAGACCGACGUCGAGGGGCUGAGGAGGGAGAUAACAGAAUUGAGAGGAAUUCUGAGAGAUCUCCUCUCUUCUUCUUGAGGACACUUUAGGCAGAAUUCAUUGGAGCCGCCAUAUUCAAUUGAGCAGAAGAGUGCGUCUAUAGAAAAUUCUCGGCUCUCGAGAAUUCACUCCAAGAUAUUUCUCGGCAAAAAUCAUCGCAAAUUCUUUGACGACACAGAGCCCACAAUGGACGACGACAUAUCCAUCUUGUUGGUGAUUAUCCUAGCGGUUGGCGGCGUACUCAUGAUGACCGCUCUGCUUGCCUGUUAC